AUGCGUCUCAUUAAUGUAAACACAUUCAAAUUAGAGGAAUUCCUCGACUAUCGGGCGCCUCCCUACGCUAUCCUGUCACAUACUUGGGGAGACGACUAUGAAGAGCUCAGCUUUCGCGACGUCGAAGAUGGAAACAUUAAUAAGCCUGGCAUCGGAUCCGUCAAAUUUCGAGGAUGCUGUCGACAGGCCGCGGAGGACGGACUUGGUUAUGCCUGGAUUGAUACCUGCUGCAUUGAUAAGACAAACCUGGUUGAGCUUAGCGAGGCGAUAAACUCCAUGUUCCGGUGGUACCAGUGUGCGUCUAUCUGCUAUGCUUUUCUAUCCGACGUUCCCAGCGAUGAUAAUUUCAGGCAAAAGGGCUCCAAGUUCCAAAGAAGCCGGUGGUUCCAAAGAGGGUGGACUCUGCAGGAACUUCUUGCGCCUAAAACGAUGCGGUUUUAUGAGUGGCGUCUUUUGGGAAAUAAAGGAAGUAUGAGCACCACUAUUGCGUCAAUCACAGGUAUACCUCGGCAUUAUCUACUGGGGAUUGCUGCACUUCAUACGGCAAGCGUCGCACAGCGCAUGUCGUGGGCAGCGCAUAGGGAUACGAAACGCAAGGAAGACCUCGCGUAUUGCCUUCUCGGCAUCUUCAACAUAACAAUGCCAAUGAUUUAUGGAGAGGGUGGUGAACAGGCAUUCUUCCGGCUACAGGAACAAAUUAUGAAGGUGACGAGAGAUGAUUCAAUACUGGCCUGGGGGCUGGGAACCAAUGAUUCGUCUACCAACAACACUGGGAACAUUAUUCGACGAGACCAAACUCUCAAAUAUACGAGCUCAGUCGACAUGUCUGGUGGUAGUAUUCGAGCUCACCUGCCACUGCAUACUACUCCCAUGGGCCAGAUAAUUGGGCUUCUCAGCUGCGGACCCGAGAAUAAUUCGCAACUGGUGGUUGGGAUACCACUGAUUGAACUUUCUGUGGGAUCAUCUGACGAAUAUGCUCGGCCACGAGGAUACAAUUCUUCCUUGUAUCUGACCACGGUAGCUGCAACAGAGCCAAAGCCGAUCCGAAUCAAGCACGACAACCAAGAAAACGUACCCGUGGAUUUGGGCGGACUUUUUUUUCACUACGAAGACGACGACUUCACAGAUAUCAACCUGAAAAUCGUUGAUGUGGCUCCUAGAUCAUGUUGGGACGAAGAGCGAGCUCUAAUCAUGUCCACGCCCAUAGCUCACGAUGGUGUCGUGGGUCAAAUCUUGAUUCGACUCCGCCAUGACAUACAGGACUCCAAAGACUUUGUUGUCGUUCUAGAAUAUAAGAAAGAGAGCUCCGAUACUCGGGUUGAAUGUCUGGUUUUCAUAUGUAGCAGAAAUCUCUUAUUUGAGGAACUGGUUUUAUAUCUUCCCUCUAUGAUGCAAAAGCUUUAUGGGAAAAGGCGGGCCAAGAAUGAGCUGCUUUCCCUCAGCAUUGCGCUGGAACGUGUUGAGCGGCAGCCGAUCUUUGUGAUACGGCCUGAGUUAGUGCUGGACGGAGUAUUCGCCACUAUUGACGCAACCGUGGAAUUGGGGGCUCAGAAGUUAAUACGUGAAAGUUUACAACUCCUGGAAGAAAACGAAGAAACAGAGAGAGAAAGCAAUGAACUCAAAGACCAGAUGAACAGCUGCGACACCAGCCUGAAUGAGAUUAAGAAAGAGCAGGAGACAAUUUUAGCAAAGUUAAAGGAGCUCAGAAUGAGACAAAAAGCAUUGGUUGCGAAGGAAACAGAAUACACUGGAACACGGACCAAAAUUACUACCAGGCAAGAUGAAGUGAAAAAGAAACUGAGCGGCCUAUCUACCCAAUGGGAGAAUAUACAAGAAAGAUGGGAUACCCUGGGGCAAGACGAGAUAUUGCGUUGUACUCUUCCAGGAACAACAGUACUUCAGUGGGCUGCCGCAAAGGGACUUAUAGAGGUGGUUAAACAGCGCCUCGAAAACGGUUCUGAUAUUAAUGCUUCAGAUCAGAAUGGCUACACACCUUUAAUUGUAGCUUCACUAGGCGGGCAAUUCGAAGUGGCUACGCUCCUCGUCGAACACGGAGCUAGACUUGACGCCCAAACUCAGAAGGGUGCGACAGCUUUAGUCCCAGCCGCUAUUUCUGGAUGUGUCGAACUUGUUCAGCUGCUGCUUGAUAAGGGGGUCGAUGUAGAAGGGGGAGGCAACCCAGAAGGAACAACAUUGCAGGUGGCCGCCUAUUAUGGGCACGCUGAUGUCGUCCGACUACUUCUCGAUCAUGGUGCUGAUAUAGAAGCUAAAAAUCGAAGCGGUGUAACAGCGUUGGUAGCAGCCUUUAAUGGGGAAAAGAAAGAUGUCACCAAACUCCUUAUUGACAGAGGUGCGCAGGUGCACACCUGCGAUGAAGACGGCAAAACAAUGUUGAUACGAGCAUCAGCUGGAGGAGAUACGGAAAUAGUUGAGCAGCUUCUGGCGAUUGGUAAAAUUAACCUUAAUGCCAGGGAUAAGGAAGGUCGGACAGCACUGGAAUGGGCUACUCAAAAUGGCCAUGAAGCUAUUGUUCAGCUGCUUGGUGAUGCUGAGAAAGAUGAGGUCGAUGCGGAGGGUCUGGAGAAUAAGGAUAUCGAGCUCGUUAUCACGCAAACCAACGCCAGCUACAAGAAGGCUGUGGAAGCACUAAAAGAAAAUGACGGGGAUAUUGUCAAUGCCAUUAUGGCACUGAGUAUAUGA